GUCGUACACCGCUUUUAACCCAGGCAGUCGUCGGACUUCUGUUUUUUUUUCUUUGUCUUUUUUUUUCUCCACAUUUCGCGACACAUGCGAUCGACAGAGGCGGCUGAGAGCAGCUGCUGUGAGAAACAGACAGAGGUGGAGAGUCGCAUCUGCUCUGUCUUCAACAUUUCCAGCGGUCCUUCAACUUACAGUCAAGACAGCCACCUCGGCACUCUCCUGCCCGGCUGUCCCUGCCACCUCUGCCGAGAUUAGAGGAUUUAAGACGACAGUGUGGUACUUUCAGGACGCGACAUUAGAAGUGAUGGCCUCAGCUGCGCAGCUGUGCCGGUGAUCCUGCCGCUGCACGUAGGGGGGAAGAAGCAGAGACGCCUUGACAACCGACCUACCUUCCUCUCUCUGGAAAAAAAAAACAAAAACAAAAAAAAAAACACAGUCAGAGGAGGAGAAAACGAAAACACACCAGCAUAAACAAAUGCGACCAUGUACAGCGUGGAGGACCUCCUCAUCUCUCAUGGAUACAAGCUGCCCAAGCAUACCACCUCCUCCUCCACCCCUACCCCAGCCCCCGCAUCCUCGUCCCGACAGGCUCCCUUGUGUUCACCACCCUCCUACAGCAAACAUCAUGAAGUCUUAGAGAACAUGCCCGGCCCCAGGACAGUGAACGGCUAUGAAAGAGGGCCUGGGGUGCCCUAUGGGAAUGGUGGUGGGACCAGGCAGCCCCAAGCAUAUGGCAGUAGCUGUCCUAACAACAAUAACGAACCCAGGGACAGGAGCCAGUCCAGGCGGGAUGGUGAGAACCGGAGCCAAAUUGACACCCACUCCUUGGGAGAGUCGCUGACCUCAGACAGUGGGUUCUGUGAUGGCACCAGAGGCCCUCAGUCACAGUCCAAGGAUGUGUCCUACUGGAGAAGGAGAGGCCAAGAUUUCACUGUGCUGCUGGACUAUGCUGACUUCAGAGAGUCCCAUGGUGGAGGACAGGGGGGUUGCCGCAUGCCGGAGGGGUCUCAACAAGCAAGAGGCCAAGAGUUGUCUGCAGAGGAGCGUCAGAGGGUAGCUCAGGAGAGACAGCGAUGGGCAGCCCAGGCCCAGGCGCAGACGCAAGCUCAGGCCCAGGUCCAGGCUCAAGCACGUUCUAGAGAGAGGGAAGCUGCUCUCCAUCAGUGGAGGAUGGCAACUGAGAGGAAGUGCCAGAGCUUGGGGACAGAUGAGUGGCGUCCCGCUGUGAGCUUUGGCCGCCAGCUAUCACAGAGUGAGGGUGAGCGCUGGACACAGGAGCAGCAGCGGCUCCAUGCCAGGACACCAGAGGGCAUGGUAGUCCACCCCAGGACCAAAGCCAAGUCCCAGUCCCUGCCGAGGAUGCUGCAGCCUGAGAGCCUGCAGUAUGUGGACAUAGCCUUGUCUGGUCAGGAACUGUACAGGCGGGUUAAUGGCCACCCUCUGUCACACCACGACCUUUAUAGGGCAACCCGUUGGCCAGAGAAUGGCAGGCCAGCUAGUGCCAACCAACUCUCAAUGACACCAAAGGCCCGCUUCACCCGACCCCCCAGACCUCCCUCAUAUGAGAUGCACCAGCAGAUCAGGGGAAGCUGUGAGGUGCUGUCUGGGAGAGACUCAGUGAUUCCCCAGGCCAGGGACAGAACACCACUUCCCAUAACAAGGACAGGUGACCCCCAACUGGACUAUUUUGCACAGGAAUCUGGACCUCCAGGAUACAUCCCUCCUCCAUCAUAUAAAAGAGCUCCUAUAAUGGGAGGGGGGCGCCGGGGAUAUGGUGAAAUUACUGUUGACUACAGGUACAAAGGGGGUGUGUACCAGCAGAUUCAAAUGGCUCCAGAUGGAUCUCACUGGUUCACGAGACAUCCAGCAAGCUCCUGGCCAGAUCCCCAGAGAGAAAGGUGUGUGUCUGGACAGAAGCAGCUUUACCCAGUGUAUACUACCCAGGAGCGUCCGGGUGGAGCGAUCCAAUAUAUCCCCUUUGAUGACCCCCGCAUCCGCCAUAUUUCCUCAGCCCUGGGUGGCAACUCCUUGACGGACGCUGACAAGAUCCGCCACAUCCGCAACGAGCUUCCCAGCGUCACCGUGUCGGAACCUGCAUCUGACGACAGUGCCUUUUUGCCCCCGCCAUUGGGGCCUUUCAUCGCUGCCAAAUUGGCCGAUGAUGCUAACCAGACAUCUUCUAGCGACUUAGACAAUGACAAUAACAGGUGGCACAGUGAUUUGCACAAAGAGACUGUCGAUAACUUCCCAGCGACUGACCAAAACUGCAACAACAGAUAUCCCAAAAAUCAACGUCCUCCUCCAUCUCCCUCUUCAGCCUUCCAGGCAUCAUUAGUAAGGACUUCUUCACACCGAGGGUCUAGCUCAGAUCAGGUCUUUGCAGAAACCAUCACCCAAGUGAAGAAAAUUGUCCCAGAUUCAGGGCCAGAAAACAACAGGAACACCAAGAGAAGAGUGAGUGAGACCAUCUUCUGCCUUGUUUCUGUUCCUGUUCACACACCGGCUAACAUUAACAAAGACUUAGCAGCAGAUCAGAACAACAAUGAGACAAUACCAAGCCUGACUGUCACCAACACAGACACUUUUGCUGUUGGCCUCAAAGAGAGCCUGAAUGUAAGGAGCAAGUCGGUGAAUGAGAUGCCCAUCAAACCCCACUACUCUCACUUUCACACCAGCAGCACAUCCUCAAUAAGGAACUACAAGAGGGCCCCUCUAAGGAAGGAGAUUAUAGAUGCGUGGGCACUUCAAGCCAAUGAAGACAAAGAGUUGUGCUAUGCCGGGUCCUGGCCUGGAAACCAAUACCGAAACCAGGAAACCCAAACUGGCUCGCCUUUAACAGUGGUGAAAAGUCCAGAACCCCAGAGUCCUCCCAGGCGACAACAUCCAGCUCAGUCUGUCUCAGACACAGCCACAGACAGUGGUCAGGGGACGGACACUAGUUCCUCUUAUGGUUACCCUAUGGCAGGCCAGAAAAACCUUCAUCUCUCUAGUAACAGCGCCUUCUCUCGUCUCAACCUCAGCCCAACACAGUUGUCAUCACCACAAACCUCACAACACGACCCAUCCUCCCCUUCAAAGGCCCGGGAUCAGGGGAACCAGCAGCCAUUGUCUCCUAGGAAGAGCACCUCUAGUCCCCCGGAGAGUGCCGAGCAAGUGGCCUUUGGUCAGUUUCUCUUAAAGCCAGUGAACCGACGACCCUGUGAUGCCAUUGGUGAACUGGAAAGCAUUAAUAAGGAAAUGGAAGACACAAUCAGCAAGAGGCCCAUUGUUGGUCAGUGCAUUGAUGAUCUUCAUGGUGUCAGUAAGAGAUUAGACCAGUUUAAAUCAGGAGCACAUUUCACUGUUGGUCCAGAACCAGGCAGGGAGGCAAUUAGUCUUCCUCCAAUGCACAUAGAAAAACCCAACAAGAUAAAAGUCAGAUCAAAAUCUUUUGCCUCUACUGCUGAUCUAGACUCCAUGGACAUGUUGAGUGCUUUCUCCAGGCCACAGGCCAACAACAUACCACCAACAAAUGAGCUAUCCAAACUCCACAACCAAGGCCCCAAAGACAUUUGCCUUCUGCCUUCACUACCGCCACACAAUGAAUCAAACCAGCUCUAUAGACAGGACAUCCCGGUCCCACAAGAGUCGUUGCUGAGGGAUGUAGGAUUAACAGUGUACACAGAGACUCCUGGUGGACCUGGGGAGCCAGUGCAACGCUCACUCUCAGUCCCAUCUCCACUUGAUCAUAAGGAGCUUAGUCAGUCAGUGCAACUGUUGUGGGAGAGCAGAACAGCAUUUCCUAAAAACAGCAGUAGCCCUGAGCACAAUUCAAAUAAAGAGCUUCAAGCUGAGUUAGAGACUGACAAUAAAGCUAAAUCAGAAAAUGCUUUGCCAUUCAGAGGUGAGGUAGGUAGGAGAUCACCUCAGAAGGAGGGUUUAGCACAUAUCAACAGGUUGACCAGGGAGGUUUCUUUUGUCUUUGAGAAUGAUGAUGGUGAUAAGAGAUGCACCAUCUCUGAGCCUCUAAGCUAUAAGAAUGAGUCAACCAUAGCAGAUAAGCACCUUGAAAACUUACUGAUUCAGGAGAAAGCCUAUUCUUUACCUGCAGAGGACCUCAGCAACCUUUAUGAGGUCAAAUGUGCUAAAGGUAUCCCUGAAAAUGAGUCCAUUGAGCAGAGGGCUGCCAGAAUCCUGGGGAUAUCCGUCCCAGUGGAAGCCUUGGGUGUGACUGAUAAACAGUCAGAAGACAGCCAGGGCAAUAAGGAUACUACCGUAAGUGAGAAAGUACAAAGCCAAGGCAGAGAGAAACAGCAGGUGGUAGGAGAGUGUGAGCAAGUUAAAGAAGAGACCCUGAUUGUCCAGGGAGCAGAGACAGGGGAUGUCAAGGAGAUGGAAUCAGGAGUGGACCACAAAGAGGGAGACAUACAAAAGCACAGCAGCAACCACAGUGAUGGUGAAGACAGCGAGGAUCCUGAUGUUCAGUCCCUAGUGGUAUUGGACCUGCCUGAGUUUCCACCCAGUAAGCUUCCCCUAUCCUUGCCUGUCACCCCUGAUGAGAAGCUAUCAUUUAGCGUGUGCAGUAUCGAGAAGAGGGGGCGAGGUGGAGCAUGCAAACUAAUUGAAUCCCUGCAAGGUAAGCUAAACUCUUCUGCUUCUUCAUCUGCUGCAUCUCUGGGCAGGUCCUCCACAGACAGAAUGGCCCGUCUGAAAGAGCUAGACUCAGUGUCCCGAAUAAGACGCCUCAGUCUCAAAGGUUCAGACUCUGAGGAGAAGGAUGGUGCUAGAGAGCAGGGUGAAGUUCAGGAAAACACUAAGGGGAAAGUUAUGGAUCAGCAAGAUGAGGAACAGGAUAAUAAACUGGAGGAAGAGGCACAGAAGGAGGAGGAACACUCUGAUGAACAUAAAAAUGCACAUGAAAUACAAGACAAGUUGGAAGGUCCUGAAGACAGUUGGGAAACUAACGAAGAAGAAAAUGAGCAGUUAUGUGAGGAAGAGCAAAGACAAGAGGAUGAGGCAGAACAGAUGAAUGUUGAGAUUGCACUAAAAGCAGAAAAUGAAGGAACUACAGAAGUAGAUUUGGAAUUAAAAACAGAAGAGCCGGAAGAGGAGGUGGAGGUGAAAACUGAAGAAAAGCCUGUGGAGAAAGUAGUAGAUGAACAGAAUAGAGCAGAGGUCAAUAGAGAUGAGCUGACAGAAUGCGCUGAGGGAGAAAAGUUGCCCAAACCAAAGCAACGCACCAAGCUCCAGAAGCCUCCUUUGCUUCCGAAACCUCGCAGUGUUCCCAAGAGAGAAAUAACACUGCCACUCAGCUUCAGCAGUGGGACCUGUGGCCCCUCGAAUAUAGAGGAUGAAGAGAUGCUCUCUGUCUCAGACUCCUACGACCCCAGUCGAGUGGAGAGAGUGUAACCUCUGACACUGCCUUCACCACAGUGGAAACCCGUUUUACUCAAGUUAACAGCUUUUUCCGACAACAAAGUCUUUCAUCUCACCUCACGGCUUAGUCAGCUGUGACCCCUCCGAUAUUGUUAUACAUUACUUGUCACAGAACUCAUUGUCCUGGUGCUGCGAGAGCAUUUUUACAGCCAAAUAAAGGCACUGUUGGUGCCAAUUCUCCAGGCCUUUCAACCUUGUCUUUUCCAUCCUCUCCACCUCUCAAAAAGUUAAUUAGCUCAAACAAGCGGACUUACUCCUUAUGUAGUUGUCUUGUUUUGCUUUUGAAAAAAAUGCAUGUCAUUAUUCCCGUCCACACUGGGGCUCCUUCUUGAGCUUGGGUGUUGAAAUAUGAAUGUAACAGUGCUUCUGCUCAACAAACAACAAGAAAUGUAACAAAACAAGAAAACAAGAAGGCAAAAGUAUUGCAUCACAAUCAGUAUUAACCUACACCAAAUGUAAAUAAGAAAGAAUUAUAAGAUUUUAUUAAGGAUAUGAUAAAUCAAUUUAAGACAUUUAAUUGUUGGAGAAAUGUAUAUUUUCUUAUCUGUGUUAAGAAAAGACUAGAUUUUUGGAAGUGUAGUCUAUGGGUGUAUUACUAAUGAAACUCUGUGCUCUUUAUUCUUAUACUUGUGUGAUAGAGAAUGUACUCAGAAAGCCUGGAUUGCGAUGAGAAACACUGUGGUCCUUGAAUAGUUUCACUCAAGAGCAAUAUAGUUGUCAUAUACGAGACGUUUGUGACAUGACUGAGUAGUACGUCUCCAUUUCAAGGAGCUGAUCGCAUUUAAAUGUCUGCUUUAAAGCUCCAUCUUUUGGUAGAAGUGUUAGAUUUGCACUACUGAGAUUAUUGGCUUUAUGAUGCCAGCGAGCCCAUGAUAAUCUCUUCAAAUACUCAGAGAUUACAAAUGGAAGGAUUCUUGUUCACACUUACCCUCCCUGUUGGUGCCACUAGUCUCAGCAUCAGCAAUCAACAUGUAUCAGAAUCGCCUGAUUUCAGUGUUAUUUUUGUUCAUCCUCAUACUGUCAAAUGGCAAAUUUAUAUUUUGUGGCAUUAUUAUUUUAUUUAACAGUGGAGUUUUUCUUUGUUCAUAUCUUAGUUUGUAUGUGAUUUCAGAAGUGCUUUUAUUUUGCAGAAAAUGAUAGAUGUAGCUAUAUGGAACGCAGUGUGCCUUGUACACACUGUUUCUGUGGAGAACUUCAUUUGUUUGUAACAAGCCUGGCUUUAUGAUUUACCAAUCCUGUUUUAAACUGGACAUCAGUAAAUUAUUUUACUUAAAUAAAAACAGAAAAUUGUUUUGGCAAUAAUAAUAAAGUUUAGCUGAAGAAGCUUAACAUCGAUACUGUACAGGACAUUGCUGUUGGGAUACUAAUCGCAGUAUCUGUUCAAUAAUUUAAUGUUGACAUAUCAGUCCUUUAUAAGUUGUGGGCAUAACUGGCAAUUGGUUUACACUCACUUCACUUAUGGGAUAGCAAUACAAGAAAUUAAAAAGUAUACCAAACCAACCUUUAUGCUAUGCAUUGGACAUCUACAUUUACUGAGUUUAGUACAAUGAUUCAAAGCUAAAACUGCAACUUCUGGAUUGCUUGUUUGACCCUGUCGCUCUUUGAUCCAGCUGUAUUUGAUGUUGAACCCGUUGGAUCUGGUUGUAGACUCGCAUGGAAGUGGCUGUGACACCCAAGUUGAUCAUGCGAGGUUUUGUCUUUGUCCUGUUACCAGCUCAGUACCCGUACCUCUGUGUUCCAGGUAAUGUGUUAUCUGGUUGUUCUCGUACGUCUUUUUGUACUGCAAGUUCUUUGUAACAUGAUAUAGACUAUUGGUGCACAUCUUGCUUUGAUAUUUUCUAUUUUCAUACAGAAGUAUGUACAGCUUCUUUUGUAUGCACAACAUUUUUUUUUUCCUCUUUUUGUGCAUGAAAUGUGUAAGAAGUCACAGAGAAAAGGUGUAUUUGCAUAUAAUUGCAUUUGGUACUAUAUAGUCUAUCCAAUAAACAACUGUUAUUUUUCAUAUAUAAUGUAUAUUUUAUUUUCAAAAAGUUAUGCUACAUAUUUAAAACAGAACAAGGUAUUUUUAGAUUAUUGUGAAAAGGGAACUGUUUGUGAAGGCGCAAUAUUUGUCUAUAUUUGAAAUCAUCUUUAAAAUGAUCAGAAAUAGACAAGUGUGUGCUAUUGUACAGUACUGCAGAGUAUUCAUAAAUAAAAGUCUUUGCAUGAAA